UUUAGCUGACAAUGAGUUUUUUCCAGUUUGUCAACAUUUUUCAAGAGCAAACUGGGUUUUUUUUCUCUUUCUUCAACUGUUCACAUUCUGUCCACCAGCAAAAAGCAACUCCUUUUUUUCUUUCUGAUGUCAUCUCAUGGGGUGGAUAUAAAAAUGAAGACAGUUUGGUAGAAAUUCAUAGUUCCAGUCUUAUUUGAGCACAUUCGGUGUUAUCAGUCACAUAACCUACAGGUAAGAAAAUUCAAAUCAACCAGGCACUUGCUGUGUCGUGUUAUUAUUAAGAACAUCUGUGAUUACAGCUACAUAUUUUAUGCUGAUGAAGAAAAUGCAGUUUCUUCUGGUUUAUACAGCUGCAACUUAUUGAGGAACCUCUCCGUUUGUCUGUGUAAUUCUUAAAGACAGCCAGAAGGCAUUUGAGAUGAUCUGAUAAUCAGGUUUAAAACUGAAUGUAGACACAGGCUAAAACACCAACACUCGAAAGAUCCUGUUCUGAUAACAUUUUAAGCCUAUAACGUUAACAUAGGCUUAAUAGAGAUCUAUGACAUGCAACUGGUAAUUUUAUUAAGCAGGGUCUGCUACGUGAAGAAAUGUAACAAAUUAUAUUUUAAGUAAAUUGUAGCAUGCUUAUAUUUAGUCAUUUUAGGAGAAAGUCCCAGUUCUAGACAAAGGACAAGAGUGGAAAGACUUGAUAGAAAGUAAGUGCUUAGAAAGCUUACAAUUUCCCAGCCUCCCAUUGACUUUAACCUCUGCACUAGAUGGCGUCCUCCACACCAACUCUGGCUGGGGGCUGCUUUGGGAAAAUAUAUAUGGUGAAAUAUGGAGACACAUGGGCUGCAAUGAAGAAAGUCCCUCUAAGCCUUCUCAGCAAAACACAGCUGGAAAGAGAAUGCAAAGUAUAUAAUAAUGCCCGGCAUCCCCAUGUGGUGAAACUUCUUGGUAACCCUUGGCUGAAAGAAUCCAAGUGGCACAUUCCUUUGGAAUUCAUCUUUGGUGAAGACCUUGAGACAACCAUAUUUAAAGCACAAAUUUCUAAAAUACAGCUAACUCAAGCAGUGAAAGACACAAUCAUCUCUGGUAUGUGUGAAGGUUUGCUCCAUCUACAUAGUAAAGACAUCGUCCACCAAGACCUCAAACCUGAUAACAUCAUGGUUGAGCAUCAAACCCACCGUGCUGUGAUCAUUGAUUUGGGGCUGGCUAAAUUCUUCAAAAAUGGGCUCACCUCUGCAAUGAACUUGGGAAAUGAGGCUUACUCAGCUCCAGAGAUCCUACAGAUGAAUGGAGUUCGUGACAAGCGUUCAGAUGUUUGGGCCAUGGGUAAAAUCAUAGCUGAACUCUGUGCCAGGGUCAGGCUACCGACCCAAUAUGUGUCAGCCAGCAAAAUUCAGGAAACACUUAAAGACCAGCCGUACUGUAUUCCUGUGUCCAAUAUGGUGGAAGUCAAUCCGAAGUACAGAGCAACUAUGGCUGCAGUUAUCUCAGACAUUAGGAGAGCUGGUUCAACUUCACAAAUGGACAUGAGGCAAAGAGAUGUCACAGUGACACAGACAAAUGAAGUUAGAGGAAAUCAAAAGUGGUGUCCACAAGUAUUUACUUUAUCAAUGUUGAACACUGAGAAUCCUUAUUGGCAGGAUUCAUCGCAAAAGAGAGUGGUGGUAAAAACAUUAGUCCCUUUAAAAGGUGAGAGCUUAAACAAUCAGCAGUCCCUGAUGUCAUUUCCUUGCCCCCUUCCUGAAACCGGAAAAGUGACUCAGCAACGCUACACUGAGAGAAAAGGAGUGAUAGAAUAUAAAGAGAUUGUUACAGAGGGUGGGAGAGUCACUAAGUAUGAAAAAGUGCAAAUAAGAAAAACAUUCUAAAAAUCAAUGACAACGUCUUUUUUUUAUUUUAUUUUUUUACUUUUUAUAGCAGUGGCAAGUAGUCAUUUAGCAGACUCUUAUCCUAAACCUGUUUGCUGGCUUGAUGCAGAACAUGAAAUUGGGUUCAACUGCAAUAUGUUUUAUCAUAUUUAUAUUAUACAGUAAAUACUGUAUACUAGUAUGAUUAACCUUACUCUAACCAGAGCACAACAAUAUUAAAACAAAGUAAGCAGAUAAAUUUAGUCACAAUAAUUGAAUAUAAAAAUUAUAAAUUAUAUAAAAAAUAAAAUACAGAAAAGUAGAUAAGACUCCACUUUUGUGCUCUGAAGACAUACAAUAGCUUUGUGUGAGAAACUGAGUGAAAUGUAAGCUUCACUGAAAAUUUUUCCUGAUGCCAUGGCUCUUAAAUUUUAUUUUAAAAGAUACAGUCAAACUGGGCAUGUCACAAUCGGUCACAAGACACAUGAGAUCCAGUGACAUCUGGCAUCAUUGACGUCUAACCCUGUGCAACGUGGGAUGAGGUGGCAAGUUUUGAAUGUUCAGUUGAGUAAAGGAUUUAAUUGCUAUGGCAAAGGGGAUGAUUAUCAAUGAAUAACACCUUGAAUUUUGAUCUGUUCCUCAAACAAAGCUAAUUUAUCAAAAAAAAAAAAAAGACAUGAAAUAUAGUGCACAAGUGAAUAAACUGUUAAUUGUUAUGUUACUUGGACAUUCUGCAUAAUUAAAAAAUCAUUUUGUGUUCCACCGAAGAUAGAAAAUUAUAUGGGUUUCAAACAAGAUGAUGAUGAAUGAAUGAUGACAGAAUUUCAUUUUAAACCCAAAAAGUUUAGCAAUGGGUAAAGAAAUAGAAUCCUCAUAAACAAGUUGAAUACAGCACCAGAGUGAUGUUUUGGUGGUGUAGGACCUCUUUUCAAAAUGUCUAUAAAGAAUAAAAUGUAUUAUUACUGUUUAUGUAUACAACACUACUCUGAUUAUAGUCAAAAUGAUUUAUUGAUGUUUGAUCUAUUAUUCUGAAAUCACACCAGUUCACAGCACUGAUGAGUUUCAUGAAGUAAACCCUUUUUACAUCUGUAUUAUGCAAUAAAAUUUACAUUAUAAUUUUUGUCCAUAAGUUCUGUGUGCAAUAAAGUGAUAACUGAUCCAUUCUAA